CAUGCAUCACCGUUAUUUUUUCUGUGCUUAUAACCUCACAUUUUUGGGACGUCAGCCUCCACAAGUAAACUUUUAUAUUUGAGAGUAAUCAGACAUGGAAAUCGACUUGGAACAAUCAGACGAGGAAUAUGUUAUACAAAGGGCGAAAGACGCCCUGAAGAUUGAUCCGUACGCGGCUAAAGCUUGGAUGCUUACAGCCAAAACUUUAUAUCCAAAUAAUUUUUCGGUUCAGUUUGAAGCGUAUUUUAUCGAAAAAACCGCGGGAAACGUCAAGGAAGCUGCCAAAUGUUUUAGCGAUCUCAUAACAAAAUUCCAACAAACUUCCGAGCUGUGGGCUGAAAUCGAAAAGUUGACUACAGCGCUGAGAGCUGAAUCGGAUACAGACGACCCAGAAAAACAAUUUUUAUGUGAAAUGUUUAAGCAUAUAUCUUCGGAUGUACAACACAAAUUGCUUUUAUUUACCGCAGACCACUGCGAAGAUACCAUGGAACAUUGCCGGUUGCUCUUGCUAUUGUUGCAACGAUUUCCAACGGCUAUUUCAAGCUAUGGUCCAAGACUUGUAGAUACAUUAAUAAGUGCAGAAAAACACAGUGUAGAUGGUCAUUUUCCAAUAAAUCCCUAUAGAAAGCUGCUUGUUUGCGAGCUACUUCCCCUGUUGGCAAAUCAGCAAGUAAAAAUCGAUUUGUCUUCAAAGCUGCUUUUCAAAUUGCUAAACAAAGCCAUGGAGUACUAUCUAUGCAGUUUGGGACUGUCCAAAGCUAACGUCCAGGAAAACGAAUCUAAAAUCGAGGAAACUUGGUCCAAACUGUUUUCGGUUAUUGAGUUCAUUGGCAAGCAGCUACAUUGGGACUCGUAUCUGAUAAAUCUGGCAGUUAAUUGGUCGAAAGAAAGCUACUGGCAGAAAAUACUAAAUUUCUGUCAAAACAAACCAAAAAACGCAUUACCAUCCGAGGAUAAGCAACUGUUUUUUUGCAUAUCUAUAUUCUUUUUAUACUGUCUUUAUGAAUAUAACGCCAGUUUGGUGCCAGAAUCGCCUCCGGGUCAAAUCGCCACUUCUUACUUGCUGGUGGAAGCAUUUACGGAUCCCACUCUGCCCAAUCCCACUACGGAACCGAAAAGUAAGAAAAGGAAAAAUGACCAGGAUAUAAUACAUGCCACAAAUCCUUAUGUGUCUGUAGAGAAAGCAGACCUGAAAGUGAUCCACAGUAAUUUUUUAAUGUGUGUCAAUUGUUGGGAUUUGCUUCAGUCAUCAGAAAAUAUGCAGAGAGAAUUCUUCAAAAUGCAAAACCACUUGAAACUAGACUCCUGGCUGUCUGUGUUCGCUAUAGACUAUGCUCUAUAUAGGGCUAGAUACGACGAAGCUUACCUUUUACUACAAAAAAUCACCGACAGCUCCUUAUUUUUGCAAAAGUAUUUGCGUUUGGCCAGCAUUCUGUACAUAAAAAAAAACUACAGUUCCUGUUUGGAACCGAUACUGUUGGCUUUACCGCUAUUGCCGCAAAAUAACGUCGGUACUCUCAGCAACGGUUUAAUAGUCGGCGGAAAUCAGAGACACUUGCAUUAUUUGCCGCUGACAAGGUCGGCAAUGCUGCAGUAUUUCGUAAAAAUAUUGCUGAGGUGCAUCAAGGAAAACAUGGGCAAGCAUAACUACAGCGAACUGUCGAUAGGGCAUAUUUUCGUGCUGGUGCAACUGGACUGGCCUCAAGAAGAAGACUAUGUGCCCUCUUUACUGGAAGAGAUAAAACAGCAUAGAUCUUUCCAGUAUCAUCUAUUCCAGAACUACAUAAUAAAUGUGGAUAUCCUCGAGGAAAUAACAUACUUAUGGACGCCCCAAGGCGGUCAAAUCCAUCUGGAAAUAUUGCCCCACCUAGGGGGUCAAAGGAGAAUAGGUACCAGGGGAGCGGAUAAGGGGGCGAAAGAGGAAAUUAAACAAGCGAUCCGUAGGCAGGUGGCUAGAAGCAACGAAAAAUUAGAUAUUUUGCUGAUAAAUUUUCUGCAGAACGAGAGAGCGCAGAUAAUGCAAGCUCUAGUUUAGGCGAAAUCAUCUACUUUCUUUAAUUCUAUGGCAAGUCCGACAAAUAAGGCUCAAAUUUUCCAUAAAGCAAUAUAAUGUAAUCUGUUUUUAAUUAGACAUAGGGUUUCGUAUGCAGGUAUAAAACUAAUAGUAUGUCAUGUAAGAAUACACACGGGCCUUAUUUUUAUGUCUGUAUAUAAUAAUUGUCUGAAGCAGUAUAGCUCAAACAUUCAUCAUGGGUCCAUGAUUUUGUGUUAUCUUAUAAUCUGAACAUGAAGAUUUUUGAAUGUUUUCAAGAAUUUUUUGACGAAACAUUUUUUCCUUUUCCCUGUAAAUUCGGUGUAUUUUUCUGAAGUUUUCUUGGAUACGCGAUAAUCAAAUAAGAUUUAUGUCACCACUUUGAAUGAUGAAUGAUUCCUCGUGUGGUGUUUCCAAUUUUCGUUGUACCGUGUCGGGCGUUGGCAUCAAUUCUCGAAACCCAGUGUUGGUGCACCAUAUUAUUAUAUCCAUAUUAUAUUAUUCAUCUUUACUACUCCAUGCUCGAUUUCAGCACGACAAGUAGGCGUGAACAAUGUUAUUUUAUGCUUAUCUCCUUCUGUGAUGGUGUAGUCCAAAUCUGAAGCGGCUCCAUCAAAAUUGGCGCAGCUAUUGUGAUUUUGUUUUAUACGAAAGAACAAUACAAACAGCUCAUUGCUCAUACUGGUUUAACGUGUUUACCUUCCCACAAUAAUGUUGUUCUUAGCGCGCUCAUUGAUCAAAAAGAUGUAAGCGUUCUAUUCGUUUCAAUGAUAAGGCUGAUUGCUCCGUGGAUGUACCUGCAGCCCUUGUCGUCCAUGUUAUAUAUUCUUUUGGGUAAAUCUGGGGUGUCCGAUUUUUUGAGGCCCGGCAGGUUGGCGAUCAGACUAAUCUAUUCUGCUAACCUCUGCAAAUUUAAAGACUUUUUGUGUCCACAUGAUCUGUGGAGUAAUCCAAUAUCAGCCAGUCUUAGAAAUCGAGCUACAAGUUCCUUUUCCUCUCGUAGAAUUGAAUUUCUACCCAAUGUUCUUUGAAUUCUACAGCUUAUGAUGUAAUUCGUAAUUGUCCGCGUAGGUACGUAGCUUGAUACAGACUUUUGCGAAAGACCCGUUUGUACGGCAUUCACUGCGCUAUUCAAAGUUUCCGCAUCCCGUUGGGCUCAAAUAUUGCGGCAAAAUUUCCCCAUAAUAGGCCAAGAAGGCCCGUCGUUUCGGUUGUCAAUUUUUUCCAUUUCUCUUACUUGCUGCUUUUACCCUCCAUGCAUUCUCGUUCCAUCGUUCUCUCUCUCUCUGCUUUCCAUGCAAAGUUGGAUUAGUUGGUGGUUAGCUAGCUAUUUAUGGCGUGCAAAGUUUGGUUGUGUUGUAAAUAUCCACCAAACAACUCAAAACCUCAUGAAAACACUAUUUUAAAGAGAACAAACACCACAGACAAUAAGCAGCCUCAAAAAGUGCGGACUUAUCGUGAAAUCCACUGCGGGACCUUAUUUGUCCCAGCUACCUAAUGUAAAAGUGCCUGUAAAUAAAAUUUAUUAAGUAUGAUGUUGAUGUGUUAUUGAUCAACCUUAAUCCGUAGAAGUUUUGUUUACAAUGCAAUUAAAAAUCUUAAUUUCAAAAUAUUGCUGUAGAAAAUUAAACCUAAACAAGUUCAUUCAAUUAAAAUCCAAUCCACUUGCUCCCCAGGGAUCGACUUUUAUGUUUUCUUUCUUUUUCUCUUUUUCGUUCUUGAGUUUAGGAGAGGUCAACUGUAAGUGGGCGGAAAACUAAACUGUGCCGUUUGCAAUUUUUAAAUAAGGCAGUUAUUAUUUUUUAUGUUUUUCUUUACUACUUCCUUCAUCUUCUUCCGUAAAAUUGUUCGAAAACAAAGGAAAUUAUUUACCUUAGCCUCAUAGACAUCAAGACUCAAAUUGUGAGAGCCAGCAAUCUGUCUGUCCGUCAGUGCAACCCAGAGGAUCUAUUGCGACUCUCUCUUUCCAUAGUUAUAGAGCGUUAUACAGGUUCGUCCCUGGUUUGGUUACGCCCAGCAGAUGGAAACUCACUCGAUAGGCCUUCACACUAACAAUAUGUGUAUGCCCAUUUCCACCUCCUCUUGGCAGAAUCUGCAUUCAGUCCGUCAAUAGACCUACCAUUAUUCUUAGGGUCUUCCUUUGGUAGCUUAGCUGACUUGCUAUCUGGCUUAAUGCCCUAUGACAUUUGCCGUUUGACUAUCAGUAUAUUGUCUUGUUAUGAAUCUUUUUCAUUUCUAUUUCUCUGGCACAAUGUUCUAUUGCGGUGAUCUGCUUGGAACACUGUUGCUAAGUCGCCCAUUAGAUUUUUUUUUUUCGUCCAGGGUUCAUAUAUUCCUCCUUUGGUUUUGAGCCGUCUGUGUUGCAGAUUGGUGGGCCAUUUUUCCAACUUUUUCUGGUCAAUAUUUGAGUCUUGUAAUCUUUGACAAACAAUACUCCGGUGUUGUUCAGCUCUAGGAUUUCGUUUGCGUUUAUCUCCUUGAUAUGUUUCUUGCUAUUUCCACCAUUGGUGGCCGGCCUCGCAAUAAUUGAUAUGCCACGGAUCUCGAUUCCCAUUGUAUAUAGACCUGUAUUGGUGGAUAUUCACUAAGACCUCUAGACUCCCUUUGCCUUUGCGCGCUACUCGACUGUCUUCUCGCCUCCAUCUGGAUGGUUCUUAUCUGCUCUCUGUAUAUUAUUGCCUAUCGUUAAGUACCGCCAAACUGUCAUUUUUUGAUUUAAGCCCCAGUUUUUUCCUCACAUUAAUCUGCGCCGUUCUAGUGCAAUUGUUGCCCUAACGGUGAUACUUUGAAUGUCCGUUUUUCAAAUUGUUAGUAAUUAGAACUGUCGUGUUCUUCGGGUUAACUGUUAGACAGUGCUGGUAAAUUUUCGUCCACCACAAUGACUGAAUCCUCUGCAUAGACAUCCCCUCCCCAACUUUAUGGUGGUCUGUCCUUGAUGUCUAGAAAGGUGGCCACAACUAUCUCCUUGUUUUCUGUUGUCUUGGAGAACAGCCUGUUUAGGUCAUCCAGAGCUAAAUCUGUUGAUUUCCUCGUUUGAUAAGCAUAGUUACGCUCACUUAGCGGGAAAGUCUGCAGACUAAACUGCGCACUGAGGUACCUAUCUACAACCUUUCUAGCGCAGGAUAAAUGAGUAUAGGCAUAUAGACUAUUUUUGUGGGUAUAUAACCCUUGCCUGUACUCCUACUUGUAUAUAUAAUGUAUAGGUGCGGCAACAUAAUUUCCUGUCCUUUUUGUCAGUAAUAUAGGGUAUAUUUCAUACACGUCCCUAGACAUCUUUUAAAUUUUAGAUUACA